AUGAAGGUCCUCCGCCUAUUGGUCUUCGCCUUCGGCACUAUCCACUGUUUUCCUCAUCUCGAGCCCCUCAUCCGAGAUCACAUUGAGCGACGCGUCCUGGACAAACACCGCCGCGCUGACCCGACCGCGACCAACAGCGGGUCAACGUCUACUGGCACCGCCGACGCCUCUCUUCCGACUGCAGCAGUCACCAUCCGAGAUACCACGGGAUUGCUGCAGCUGAACCCCGGUACCGAUGGGAAUCUUUUCAUCUCGUUGGUGGCGGACGUCCCGAGCAUCACCAGCCUCAUCCCGGGGACCUCGGAGUUCUUCGCCUAUCCCGACACCAUGACCAUCAUGGGUGAUAACAGCGAUACCAGCCGUCUACUAUACUACUACCCGGACGAAAUGUCCACCCUGUCCGUCUCCCGCCUGCGGCUGGCUGCGUGGGGCAGCAUCCCCAUCGGUGCCAUGCUUGCCAGCUUUGUGCCUUUCGAUGAUGGCAACGGCAACAACGUGCUUGUGGUUCUGGACACCACUGGAAACUACUUCUGGCCCGUGCUGUGCGGCUUCGAUGGGGCACUAAACAAGGUUUUUAUCGCCCAGGACUACGAGCAAGGCCCUGAUAUUCUGCUGGAGAACGGCGAUCUACGGUAUAUUCUCUCGGGAGGUGACGCGACGGAUUGUGGACUGUUGGCGCUCAUGGCUCAGGGAUUAGAUGGCGGGUUUUCCUAA